AUGCAGCAGCAACGGCAGCAGCCGCAGCAGCAGCACCACUACCAGCAGCAGCAGCAGCCGCACCAGUACCCGCCGCAGCAGCAGCAGCAGCAGCCACAGCAGCAGCAGUAUUAUCAGCAGCACCAACAGGCAUUCCAACAACCGCAGCAGCAGCAGCAGCAGCACUAUCAACAGGAGCAGCAGCAGCGGCAGCAGCCGCAGCAGCAGCACCAUUACCAGCAGCAGCAACCGUACCAGCAGCAGCGGCAGCAGCCGCACCAGUAUCAGCAGCAGCAGCAGCACCAGUACCCGCAGCAGCACGGGGAGGGGCCGCUGCAGCACAGUUCAGCAGACAAUCGUUCGCAGCAACCCUUCCCUAGCUCCAGGGACUCGGAGGCAUCUUUCAAUAUGAGCAGCGACGGCUACCUGCAGCAGCAGCAGCGGAGCUUACACCAGCAGCAGCAGCAGCAGCAGCAGCAGCAGCAUAUGAUGAUGAUGCCAGACACCCCGCGGGAGCACCCAGGAAGUACUGUUCUGUCGGGCAAGCGGAGGGCCGUAGAGGCGUCGCAGCCAUCGCAGGUGAGCUGA